GGUCGAUUGGCUACAAGUUUAACAAUUACUAUUGUCAUUGUGUUUACAUAGUUAUACAAAUUUCCUAGCGUCGCGCCUACGCGCUGACACAAAUUACGGCAAGACGUGAAUUAUAGCAGCAUUGAUAGCAGCGAAGGUCUACGUUGGAGAAACGUAGAUUUAAACUUUUUACCGUCACCAUCUUCUUCAAGUCCGCCAAUGAAGUUUUAUCAUUCGAACCGUUUUAAAAUUGUUGCUACGUUUUUAUUGAUUUCGCUAAGUAUAUUAAUUAGUGGAACAUGCAUAGCUUAUUAUGGAAAGAUGGCGAAUAACUCAUCGGUAACGAGCGGUUCUUUUAAUCUAAAUAAUUUACCCAAUGAGCAGCUUAUUUGGUUUGAAAAAGGAGAGGCUGAACUUCUGAAAGCCUUGAAUCGUAAAGAAAACUCCCGUAAAGCUCGAAAUGUUAUACUAUUUGUGGGUGAUGGUAUGGGCCCGAAUACAGUGACCGCGGCACGCAUUUAUGGUUUUGGCGAAGACGGCCUAAUGGCAUGGGAAGAAUUUCCUAAUAUGGGUUUGUUAAAGACCUAUUGUGCUGAUAAAUUGGUACCCGAUUCAGCCUCUACAGCCACUGCUUUAUUUUCUGGGGUCAAGACUAACUACGAAACCAGUGGCAUUGAUGCGAGCGUACAUUUCGCUGAUUGCCCGAACUCUUUGAAUUCAUUACAUCAAUUGCCAACAAUUAUGAGUUGGGCUCAAGAUGAAGGUCUCCAUACAGGAUUCGUUACCACGACGCGAGUAACUCACGCUACUCCCUCCGCAUUAUACGCUCAUGUCCCGGACCGCAGUUGGGAAUGUGAAAAUAAUAUUCCGGAAUAUGCCCGAGUUCAAGGUUGCACAGAUAUAGCCACCCAACUAGUUGAGGGCAAUGUAGGACAAAAAAUUAACGUUAUUAUGGGAGGUGGCCGCCAAAUGCUAAUCUCGAAUAUAAGUGGUUCCAAAGAAGAUCCUUUAGACACUUGGGCUGGAUAUUCGAAAGAUGGUCGUCACCUCAUCCAAAAAUGGAUGCGAAAAAAACAAGAACAAAAUCGAUUGUAUCAAGUGGUACAAAAUAGAGAUGAAUUAAUGGCUAUAGAUGGCACUUCUGUAAAUUAUGUUUUGGGUAUUUUUGCUAACGGUCAUUUGAAAUAUGAUAAUGAGCUUGAUAUGGGGUCAGGGAGCAUGCCCUCCUUAAAAGAAAUGACUGUAAAAGCAUUGCAAAUCUUAAGCUCUCGAGAAAGAGGUUUUUUGUUAGUUGUGGAGGGCGGGUUAAUAGAUCAAGCCCAUCAUCGCGGCAAAGCAAAAAAAGCCAUUAACGAAGUUCUUGCAUUCAACAAUGCCAUUAACGCUUCUAUUCAAGCGUUGAGUGAAGAGGAGCUAGAAAAUACACUAAUAAUUGUAACGGCUGAUCAUUCACAUACGCUUACAAUUAACGGUUAUCCUAAGAGAGGAACGAGUGUAUUCGGCAUCGCGGGCAACUCUAAAACGGAAGGGACCCCUUAUACCGUGCUGACCUACGGAACUACCGGCAAGGGGUUUCAAACUGAUGACAAGUGUUUGCGCAAAGAUCCCGCUACCGAUGACACCGAAAACUGGGAGUAUACUCAACAGGGUGCUGUUAAUACCGACGAGAACAGUCAUGGUGGCAGCGAUGUUACUAUACAUGCAACAGGUGCCAUGUCACAUCUUUUCCAUGGCGUUCAUGAGCAAUCGUAUGUUGCUCAUGCCAUAUCGUAUGCCUUACGUAUUGGACGUUUCCGCGAAAGUGCUCUCGUUAACCAAUUAAAUGAAAAAACGACCCCUUAAUUGUGUUUCAUAAAAUAGUUAAAUUAUUAAAUCACAACAGACCAAUAAAUAAUAAUAA